AUGCCCCAUCUCUGGCCGGCGCUCCGCCGCGUCCUCUGGGAAUACUGGGCAGCGCUCCUGGUCGGCGGCUUCUGGGGACAGAGCUCGCACGGGAUGCCGCAUGUCAUCCGGAUCGGAGGAAUCUUUGAGUACGCGGAUGGCCCCAACACCCAGGUGAUGAGUGCUGAGGAACAAGCCUUCCGAUUCUCCGCCAACAUUAUCAACAGGAACAGAACUUUGUUGCCUAACACAACCCUAACCUAUGACAUCCAGAGGAUACACUUCCACGACAGCUUUGAAGCAACUAAGAAAGCCUGUGACCAGCUCGCCCUGGGGGUCGUCGCGAUAUUCGGACCUUCCCAAGGCUCCUGCACCAACGCUGUCCAGUCCAUCUGCAACGCCCUGGAAGUGCCCCACAUACAGCUCCGAUGGAAGCACCACCCUCUGGAUAACAAGGACACUUUCUAUGUCAACCUGUACCCCGACUAUGCCUCCCUGAGCCACGCCAUCCUGGACCUGGUGCAGUACCUCAAGUGGAGGUCAGCCACGGUGGUGUACGACGACAGCACAGGCCUCAUCCGGCUGCAGGAGCUCAUCAUGGCCCCGUCCCGCUACAACAUCCGCCUGAAGAUCCGGCAGCUCCCGCUGGACACGGACGACGCGCGGCCGCUGCUCAAGGAGAUGAAGCGGGGCCGGGAAUUCCGCAUCAUCUUCGACUGCAGCCACCUGAUGGCAGCUCAGAUCCUCAAGCAGGCCAUGGCAAUGGGAAUGAUGACAGAGUACUACCACUUCAUCUUCACCACUCUGGAUCUUUAUGCAUUAGACCUAGAACCAUAUCGCUACUCUGGGGUGAAUCUGACCGGCUUCCGGAUCCUCAACGUGGAGAACCCCCACGUGUCCUCCAUCAUCGAGAAGUGGUCCAUGGAGCGGCUGCAGUCGGCGCCCAAGGCGGAGCUGGGGCUGCUCGAUGGAGUGAUGAUGACAGACGCUGCCCUGCUGUACGACGCCGUGCACGUGGUGUCCGUGUGCUACCAGCGCGCCCCGCAGAUGACGGUGAACUCCCUGCAGUGCCACCGCCACAAGGCCUGGAGGUUCGGCGGCCGCUUCAUGAACUUCAUCAAGGAGGCCCAGUGGGAAGGAUUAACAGGACGAAUUGUCUUCAAUAAAACCAGUGGUUUACGGACAGAUUUUGAUUUGGAUAUCAUCAGCCUCAAAGAAGACGGACUCGAAAAGGUGGGAGCCUGGAGCCCUUCUGAGGGUUUGAACAUCACAGAAAUCUCCAGAGGACGAGGCCCGAACGUCACGGACUCGCUGAGCAACAGAUCUCUGAUUGUCACCACAGUCCUGGAGGAGCCCUUUGUCAUGUUCCGAAAGUCCGACACGGCCCUGUUUGGGAACGACCGCUUCGAGGGCUACUGCAUCGACCUGCUCAAGGAGCUGGCCAUCAUCCUGGGCUUCUCCUACGAGAUCCGGCUGGUGGAGGACGGGAAGUACGGGGCGCAGGACGAGAAGGGGCAGUGGAACGGCAUGAUCAAGGAGCUCAUCGACCACAAAGCUGACCUGGCCGUGGCUCCUCUCACCAUCACCCACGUCCGGGAGAAAGCCAUCGACUUCUCCAAGCCCUUCAUGACCCUGGGGGUCAGCAUCCUGUACCGGAAACCCAACGGCACCAACCCCAGCGUGUUCUCCUUCCUCAACCCCCUCUCUCCCGACAUCUGGAUGUACAUCCUCCUCGCCUACCUGGGGGUCAGCUGCGUGCUCUUUGUCAUAGCCAGGUUCAGCCCCUACGAGUGGUACGAUGCCCAUCCCUGCAACCCGGGCUCGGACAUCGUGGAGAACAACUUCACCCUCCUCAACAGCUUCUGGUUUGGGAUGGGAGCGCUGAUGCAGCAAGGCUCGGAGCUGAUGCCCAAGGCCCUGUCUACACGGAUCAUUGGUGGCAUAUGGUGGUUCUUCACCCUAAUUAUCAUCUCGUCCUACACGGCCAACCUCGCCGCCUUCCUGACGGUGGAGAGGAUGGAGUCCCCCAUCGACUCGGCAGAUGACUUGGCAAAGCAGACAAAAAUAGAGUACGGAGCAGUGAAGGAUGGAGCUACCAUGACCUUCUUCAAGAAAUCCAAAAUUUCCACGUUUGAAAAAAUGUGGGCUUUCAUGAGCAGCAAACCCACGGCGCUGGUUAAAAACAACGAGGAGGGGAUCCAGCGAACCCUGACGGCCGAUUACGCCCUGCUGAUGGAGUCCACCACCAUCGAGUACAUCACCCAGAGGAACUGCAACCUCACCCAGAUCGGGGGGCUCAUCGACACCAAAGGCUAUGGCAUUGGCACGCCCAUGGGGUCACCGUACAGGGACAAGAUCACCAUUGCCAUCCUCCAGCUCCAGGAGGAGGACAAGCUCCACGUCAUGAAGGAGAAGUGGUGGCGGGGGAAUGGCUGCCCUGAGGAUGAGAACAAGGAGGCCAGUGCUCUGGGCAUCCAGAACAUCGGGGGGAUCUUCAUCGUGCUGGCAGCAGGCCUGGUGCUGUCCGUCUUCGUGGCCAUGGUGGAGUUCAUCUACAAGCUGCGCAAAACAGCGGAGCGAGAGCAGCGCUCCUUCUGCAGCGCCGUGGCCGACGAGAUCCGGCUGUCCCUCACCUGCCAGCGCCGCGUCAAGCACAAGCCCCAGCCCCCCGUGCUGGUGAAGACGGACGCCGUGAUCAACAUGCACACCUUCAACGACCGCCGGCUGCCCGGCAAGGACAACAUGACCUGCAACACCGGAUUGGCACCCGUGUUCCCCUAGGGAAUGGGAACGGGGAGGGGCGGGAGGGAAGGAACUGUGGCAGACAAGGCUGGAGGCACUCUUGACUAGGGAAGAGAGGAUUAAAA